AUGGCAGGUGCGAUGAAAAAAGUAGACAAGAUUCGUCAAAUCGUUCGCUUGAAACAGCUCAUGACACGGUGGAAACAACUCAGUCUCCGUCGUCAUUCGCUCCGUCCAGAGCCUGAAGAGCCCUGCGUCACUCCUCGAAGACAACCACCUUCAGGCUUCCUCUUCGUCUACGUCGGAUCGGAACGACGCCGCUUCGCCAUCCCCGCUCGGUUUCUCAACUUCCCAGUUUUCGCCGGUCUUCUCGAUGCAACGGAGGAGGAGUUCGGUCUACGAGGUAACGGCGGUUUGGUUCUUCCGUGCCAGGUGGAGUUUUUCACGGAAAUCGUUAAGCGGCUUCAUAGGAACGAACAGAAGUAUGGGAAACUAACUCUGGAAGAGUUUGUUACGAUGUUUGCUGACGUGGCGGUUGAAGGUUGUAAGGAAAUGGAAAACGUCGUCGUUUUGAGUCCGUUGUUGCAGAACGCUUUGGUUUAG